AUGGGUGUUCAAGACGUUCUAACUAGAAAAUCCGGUGUCAUCGUCGGCGCCGAUGUCAAGGCUUUGUUCGACUACGCCAAGGAGCACAAGUUCGCUAUCCCAGCCAUCAAUGUCACCUCCUCCUCCACCGUCGUCGCCGCCUUGGAGGCCGCCAGAGACAACAAGUCUCCUAUCAUCCUCCAAACCUCCAACGGUGGUGCCGCAUACUUCGCCGGUAAGGGUGUCUCCAACAACGGCCAAAACGCCUCCAUCAGAGGCUCCAUCGCCGCCGCCCACUACAUCAGAUCCAUCGCUUCCGCCUACGGCAUCCCUGUCGUCCUGCACUCCGACCACUGCGCCAAGAAGCUUCUACCUUGGUUCGACGGUAUGCUAGAGGCCGACGAAGCCUACUACAAGAAACACGGCGAACCUCUUUUCUCCUCCCACAUGCUCGACCUCUCCGAGGAAUCUGACGACGAGAACAUCGCCACCUGCGUCAAGUACUUCAAGAGAAUGGCCGCCAUCGACCAAUGGCUAGAAAUGGAAAUCGGUAUCACCGGUGGUGAAGAAGACGGUGUCAACAACGAACACGUCAGAGCCGAAGACUUGCUAACCAAGCCCGAAACCGUCUACAAGGUCCACGAAGCCCUCCACCCUAUCUCCCCUUGCUUCUCAAUCGCGGCAGCAUUUGGGAAUGUGCAUGGGGUGUACAAGCCUGGCAAUGUUACCUUGUCCCCAUGGAUCUUGGGUGACCACCAAAAGUAUGCCGCCAAGAAGGAGGGUGGCAAGCUCGGUGACAAGCCAUUGUACUUGGUUUUCCACGGUGGUUCUGGUUCUUCGCAGGAGGAAUUCAACACCGGUAUCAACAACGGUGUUGUGAAGGUCAACUUGGACACUGACUGUCAAUAUGCUUACCUAGAGGGUAUCAGAGACUACGUGUUGAACAAGAAGGACUACAUCAUGAGCAUGGUUGGUAACCCAACUGGCGCUGACGCUCCAAACAAGAAGUACUUUGACCCAAGAGUCUGGGUUAGAGAAGGUGAGAAGACCAUGUCGAGGAGAAUUACCGAGGCUUUGGAGGUUUUCCACACCAAGAACCAAUUGUAA